AUGUUUGACCUACAAUCGCCAGAAUACUCUGGGAUAUAUGAUGCUAUUGCAAAGCCAUCCACUCAACAUGAUAAUCCUAACGAAGCUGAAGAAAACUGUAUAGAGCGAGAGGAGCAAGAGAUCGAGGAUGAUUUGGAUGGUGAACAGGAGGCAUUUGGCUUUCCCAUCAUUGAAGAUGAAUACGCAAGGCUUUAUGAAGAAGAGGCUUCAGAUGAAGAAGAGGAAACUGACUCUGAAGAAGACAAUGCUGAUGGAGCUAGAACAACAACAACAAGUGCUGUCAAUAACAUCGACUUGAACGGUAUGAAAAAAGUAAUUGCUCAGGCAUCAAAGGGUGUUAUUGAGGCUACUGAUGCAUCUUACCGAAGAUUGAUCACUCAGUGCGAAAAAUUUAUGCAUGACAAAGGUUUCAUUCCAAAAGACAAUUUUUUUUUCUCGCCUACACCAGUGGCCGACUCGGCAGCAUUCAUUGUUGCAUGGAUUAUGAGCGAAUGUGACAAUAUCAACCUUGACGGGACAGCCAAAUCUUCGAAUCAAGUCUCCUCUUCCUAUAGUCAUGCUCAAAAGAUGCGAGCUGCAGCAACAUAUGGCUUUGGUCGUAUUGCUGAUCUAGGCUCACGUCCCUGGGAACAGAUCGAUAGCUUUGAUGCUUCGGGAACAAGAACCUGGUGCUGGGUUGGAAACCCCUCUGUAUCUGAGGCUGUCUCUCGAUAUAUGAUCACCCUUCGGAAAAAAAAGGUUCGUGCUGGAGAGGUUGCUACUAGUGCUCGUGCAAUUACACCCGUGCGUCUUUAA